AUGAACUUGUACGUUUUGUUAGGAAAACCCGUAUACCGCCGCUGGUUUCUAGAUGGCAGUGAUCCAGAUGUGAGGUUAGUGGGGUUAUAUGUCUCUAGUUUGUUCAAUGUUGGGGGCGAGACGAGGGGGGGGGUUGGGGGGUGGGGGGUGGAGGCUUGGCUUUUUAUGCCUUACCCCUACUUUCGUAUCUCAAAAGAUUUUAUACGACAACGACCUCCCCUUCUUAGUUCUCUCUUACUCUUAAAUAAAUUUUCAGAUUAACCAUUGUCUCUUUCAUGAUGACAUCCAGGUUUCAGCAUCGCCACAAAACUUAUGCAUUUGCAUUUCUGACUGCUGUAGGUGGCAUUACACUCAUAGCGUUGACUGGUUAAUUUUUGUCUCAUAACUUAGGAUUCGAGGGUAAAAUAGUGCCUUGCAUGUUCCUAUGACAGGUAAUUCUUUUAUUCACAGCUAGAUUCUAUUCAUUGGUUUUUGUUAUCUUACAGGUAUUUUGGUACCGUUAACCAUACUGAAGGCUGGUGUCCCGGAAGCAAAGCGGCCACUUUCAGUCAGAAUGGUUCCUAUGCUACUGUUCCCAACGUUAACAUAACAACCUGUGACUUUACAAUUGCUUUUUGGGUAAAGUAUAUUGGUGUUCACGGGCCUAUAAUGGAGCUUUGGUCAAAGGGUGGAAAACUAUUUUACGUUACAGUCAAGAAUUCUACACCCAUUUUAUCGAUACACAACACUUUCCACUUACAAAUCAAUUACUGGAAUCACGUAGCAGUAACCUGUCAGCUGCAUAAGAUCAAGGUGUUCGUUAAUGGUACCGAGGAGGCACUGAUAGACCAAUGGAAUGAGUAUUUCUUCUCAUCGUUAGGCCGUUAUCAGCCAGAGUACAUCAUAGGGAAUGAUCCGGGUUUAGUCCGGAUGCCAAUGGCAAAUGGGGUGUUUGUUGGAGCAAUCAUGGAUCUUUACGUGACUGGAAAAGCUUUAUCC